AUGCCGCCCGUGCGCCGCCCGUCCCGGCCUCACGCCGCUGUCCCGGCCCGUCGCCGCCCGUGCGCCGCUCGUCCCGGCCCCGCGCCGCUGCCCCGGCCCGGCGACGCCCGUGCGCCGCCCGUCCUGGCCCCACGCCGCCCGUGCGCCGCCCGUCCCGGCCCCACGCCGCUGUCCCGGCCCGUCGCCGCCCGUGCGCCGCUCGUCCCGGCCCCGCGCAGCUACCCCGACCUGUCGCCGGCUCGUGCACCACCCCCCCUCCCCCCCCUCUUUUCCCGUCGCCCGUCGUGGCUCCUUCGGGGGCCGCGACGGGAGGGGCGACGUGGGGGUGGUGCGGGUGGUGCGGGUGGUGUGAGCGGCGGCGGCGCCUGUAAUGCGGGUGGUGGCGGUAGAAUUGGCAGCAGUGGUGCUGGUAACACGGGUGGCAGUGCGUCGGGUAAUGCGGGUGGCAGUGGUGGCAGUACUGUAGCCGGCAAUGGGGCGGGUGGCGAUGGUGCCUGUAGUGCCAGCGGCAGUGGUGCUAGUAGUGGCAGUGGUGCCAGUGGUGGCAGUGGUGCCAGUGGUGGCAGUGGUGGCAGUGGUGCCAGUGGUGCCAGUGGUGCCGGUGGUGCCGGUGGUGUCGGUGGUGCCGGUGGUGGUGGUGGUGGUGGUGUGAGGGGGAUGGCAAGUGGCAACAGCAGAGGCACCAUGAUGAAAAUCAGCAAAGAGAUAUUAGUCUCCUCCAUCACACCCUCUUGCAAUUUCUUACCUGUUCCCCCCUCACUUCUGCCCCUAUGUAACAAUUUACCGCUCUCUACCAACCUUUUGUCCCUCUCUGCCCCUUCCCCCCUCACUCUCCCCCGCACCGCUCUCUACCCAACCUUCUGUUCCUCUCUCCGCAUGUGCCCCCUUCUCUCCGCCCCUUUCUCUCCCAACAUCCCGAACUCCCUUCUCCACCAGACCUCCCCUACUACCCCAUCGGUGCAUACCACUCUCCUUGCCAACCUCCCCUCUUCCAACCAGUCACCAUCUCACUCUGCCAACCUCCACACACCUACCCUCCGUCUUUUCCAAGCACUUCUCGUCCUCUCUGAUAACUUCCCCCCACUCCCUGCCAACCUUCUCUCCCCCUCGUUGUCAAACCCCCGCCACCACCAUCCCCCCCCCCCAAUCCCCCCUCCCCAUCCUCCGCCAACCUUAUCUCCUCUGCCAACCUUCCCCAAUUCAGUCACUGCAAAACUUCCCCACCCUUCUCUGCCGACAUCCUUGUCUCUCUGCCAACCUCUCCCCCUCUCCUUGUGCCAACGUCCCCUUCUCUAUCACAAACCCCUCUCUGCAUGUGUGCCCUCCCCCAUCCCUGCCAAGCUGCCCUCCUUCCCCCUCUCCGCCAAUCUCCCCCCUUUCCCCAAACCCCUAAUGGGAAUGCAGGUUACCUGUGGAGGUGGUAUCAUGCGGGGGGGCAGUUGGAGCAGCAGAACGACGAGCACGAGAGGGUGA